GGGAAACAAGAAAACUAUUUCUUCUCGAUCAUUGCAGCAGUUGCAGAUUCAAGAAUUGUGUGGAUGCCUUGUAAGUUAUCUACUUAACACCCAGAUGUGAGUUUGUGAUAAAAAUCCCCAGAGGAGACGCAGAGCUGGAGGAAGAAGAGGAGGAAAUGGCAGCUUCUCAGGGACGGCUGACAUUCCAGGAUGUGGCCAUAGACUUCACUCAAGAGGAGUGGGAAUGCCUGGACCUCGGUCAGCGGGACUUGUACAGGGAUGUGAUGUUAGAGACCUAUGGGAACCUGGCCUCCUUGGGUCUUGUGGUCUCAAAGCCGGACCUGGUCACCUUUCUGGAGCAAAUGAAGACUCCCUGGGAUGUAAGGAGAACGGACACAACAGCCACAUACCCAGGAUGGAACACUUUCAAAGGUACAGAAUGUGACAAAGCGUUUAAUCAGAGUUCAAAACUUAGUCAACAUCAGCGAAUCCAUAUUGGCCAGGAGCCUUAUAAAUGUAAGGAUUGUGGCAAAGGCUUUAUUCAACGCAGAGAUCUUACUUGCCAUCAGAGAAUUCACACUGGAGAGAAACCUUAUAAAUGUCAAGAAUGUGGAAAAGCUUUCAGUCAAUAUGCAACUCUUAGUAAACACCAGCGAAUUCAUACUGGAGAGAAGCCUUAUAAAUGUAAGGAUUGUGGCAAAGACUUUAACCAGGGCUCAGGCCUUAUGUACCAUCAGAAAGCUCAUACUGGAGAGAAGCCUUAUAAAUGUAAGGAUUGUGGCAAAGGCUUUAGCCAGCUCUCAGGUCUUACUUGCCAUCAGAGAAUUCACACUGGAGAGAAACCAUAUACAUGUCAAGAAUGUGGAAAAACUUUCAGUCAACAGGCAAAUCGUAAUAAACACCAGCAAAUUCAUACUGGAGAAAAGGGUUAUAAAUGUAAGGAUUGUGGCAAAGGCUUUAGCUGGCACUCAGACCUUAUAUCCCACCAGAGAGUUCAUACUGGAGAGAAGCCUUAUAAAUGUAAGGAUUGUGGCAAAGGCUUUAGCCGGAACUCAGGUCUUACUUGCCAUCAGAGAGUUCAUACUGGAGAGAAGCCUUAUAAAUGUAAGGAUUGUGGCAAAGGCUUUAGCCAGCUCUCAGGUCUUAUUUGCCAUCAGAGGGUUCAUAGUGGAGAGAAGCCUUAUAAAUGUAAGGAUUGUGGCAAAGGCUUUAGCCAGCUCUCAGGUCUUAUUUGCCAUCAGAGGGUUCAUACUGGAGAGAAGCCUUAUAAAUGUAAGGAUUGUGGCAAAGGCUUUAGCCAGAACUCAGGUCUUAUUUGCCAUCAGAGAGCUCAUACUGGAGAGAAGCCUUAUAAAUGUAAGGAUUGUGGCAAAGGCUUUAGCUGGCACUCGGGUCUUACUUGCCAUCAGAAAAUUCACACUGGAGAGAAACCUUAUAAAUGGCACGAAUGUGGAAGAGCUUUCAGUCAAUACGCAAUUCUUAUUAAACACCAGCAAAUUCAUAGUGACGAGAAGCCUUAUAAAUGUAAGGAUUGUGGCAAAGGCUUUAUUCAACGAGGAGGUCUUACUUGCCAUCAGAGAAUUCACACUGGAGAGAAACCUUAUAAAUGUCAAGAAUGUGCAAAAGCUUUCAGUCAAUACGCAACUCUUACUCAACACCAGCGAAUUCAUACUGGAGAGAAGCCUUUUAAAUGUAAGGAUUGUGGCAAAGACUUUAGCCGGCACUCAGGCCUUAUGUACCAUCAGAGAGUUCAUACUGGAGAGAAGCCUUAUAAAUGUAAGGAUUGUGGCAAAGGCUUUAGCCGGCACUCAGGCCUUAUGUACCAUCAGAGAGUUCAUACUGGAGAGAAGCCUUAUAAAUGUAAGGAUUGUGGCAAAGACUUUAGCCGGCACUCAGGCCUUAUGUACCAUCAGAGAGUUCAUACUGGAGAGAAGCCUUAUAAAUGUCAGGAUUGUGGCAAAGGCUUUAGCCGGCACUCAGGCCUUAUAUCCCAUCAGAGAGCUCAUACUGGAGAGAAGCCUUAUAAAUGUAAGGAUUGUGGCAAAGGCUUUAGUUGGCACUCAGGUCUUACUUGCCAUCAGAGAAUGCACACUGGAGAGAAACCUUAUAAAUGUCAAAAAUGUGGAAAAGACUUUAGUCAACACCCUACUCUUACUCAACACCAGCGAAUUCAUACUGGAGAGAAGCCUUAUAAAUGUCAGGAUUGUGGCAAAGGCUUUAGGGACCGCAAAGUUCUUACUCACCAUCAGAGAAUUCAUACUGGAGAGAAACCUUAAUAAUAUAAAGAAUGUGGAAAAGCUUUCAGUCACUAUGCAACUCUUACUAAACACGAGCGAAUUCAUACUGAAGAGAAUUCUUAUAAAUGUAAGGAUUGUG